AUGGAUAAGCUCAUGAACAACAACAAAGCCAAGCUCACGGUGGUGCUCGUGGGGGGUCUAUGCUCCCUGGUGUUGUAUCACAUGAAAAAAAAGAUGAAUUUUUCUCAUUGUUUGUUUUCGAGAAACUGGUUUAGCGAGUUCUCCCUGAUGUGGCCUGGCCAGGCUUUCAGUUUGGAGAUAAAGAAAAUAAUUCACCAGGCCAAGUCGAAGUAUCAAAGCAUCCUCGUCUUCGAGAGCAGCACGUUCGGAAAGGUAUUAGUCCUGGAUGGCGUCAUACAGUUAACAGAAAAGGACGAGUUCGCCUACCACGAAAUGAUGACCCAUGUCCCUAUGACAGUUGCCAAGGAGCCAAAAAACAUACUCGUUGUGGGAGGAGGAGACGGAGGAAUUAUCAGAGAACUCUGUAAAUAUAAGUCUAUAGAAAAUAUAGACAUCUGCGAAAUCGACGAAAUGGUUAUCCAGGUAUCCAAAACGUUUUUUAAAAAUAUCAGUUGUGGAUUCGAUGACAAGAGAGUUAAUGUGUUUAUUGAAGAUGCGAGUAAAUUUUUGGAAAACGUUACCAAUACGUAUGACAUUAUUAUCGUGGAUAGUUCUGACCCCAUCGGUCCUGCCGAAUCUUUGUUUAAUCAAAAUUUUUAUGAGAAGGUGUAUAACGCGUUGAAGCCAAAUGGGUACUGCGUCGCUCAGUGCGAAUCUAUUUGGAUCCACGUAGGAACGAUAAAGAGCAUGAUGGGAUACGCAAGAAAGUUGUUCAAGAAGGUCGAGUAUGCCAACAUCAGCAUCCCGACGUAUCCCUGUGGCUGCAUAGGCAUCCUCUGCUGCUCCAAAAGCGACACCGGCAUGUCCAAGCCGAGCAGACGUUUAGAGACGAAGGAGUUUAUGGACCUCAAGUACUACAGUUACGAGAACCACUCGGCCGCUUUCAGGUUGCCCACUUUUGUUCUAAAGGAGAUCGAAUCUGUCUAA